GUCGUUGAAAAUAUUAAAAAGGCGUAUGUCGAUCGGCCGUGUCUGUAGGCGACGAUGGAAUUGCGUGUGGAAGAGAACUGCUGAAAGAUGGACUAACUGGUCCAAACCACCACAUAAAUUUAGAAAAUUCCGAUCGAUUAAUUUAAAAAAAAUAAGCAAAUGGGAUGACGCAGUACAAACCACGAUAUUCGUCUAUAACGAAACAGGCGCUUCAGUGAGAUCAGCGUCGAGUGACAAAUCUUAUUUGAGGCACGCGAACGUUGGUCCGUCCAUGUUCAGGUUCCACGCACAGCCCUUGAAGCUUAUUGGAAAUUCCCCAAACCAAUCUAAGGCGACAUCAUACAAGUCCUUGCGAGGUUAUUGCAAUUCUUUUGAUACCAAAGCGAAUGAGUGCAGUUUCCCUUAUGGAAUACCAGGCGAUGAAAUCAAAGAUAGAAUUAAAAACGUUGAAAGUAAGAACUUGAGUGCUAUUAUCGAACCAAGUUCAGUGAAGUCAGUCGAUUAUGAACCAAAGGAUGCGUAUACGCAGAUGUUAAUAACUUGUAACAAUGCAGAGACUAAUAUCAAGCUAACAUCAGACAUUGUUAAAGAUUUUUUAAAGGUGGAGGCUUGUGAUGAAUUUGUAUGUUCUACUGUUGACGAAGGAGUACAAACAUUGAUCUCUAGUAAAUCACAGCGGUCCAUUAAGACGAUGACUUCCACGAAGAAUUUGCAAGGAUUUGUACAUAAAGAGAUUCAGGCGUCACCAGUUCCAUCAUUUAGAAAAGUAUCAACGGUUUUCGUAGACCAAGAACCAUUGCAAGAUGGCAAAUCGAGUGUCGUUACUGAUACAAGUGUACCUUACAGAAGAUUGAAUAAUAACUUACUGACGGCCAAGGGAACAAUUUUAACAUGCACAGGUACAAAGAUCACAUCAGUUUCAUCCGUUCAUAUUCAAACUGCGUCAUUUAUAUCCAGAAGCCCAAAAAUUACAAUGAGUGCCGCUGUAUCAACUCAUUUGAAUACGGAGAACAGGGAUUGUUCGACGGCGCCAUCUUUGCUUUUCAGUAAUCUAGAAGAUGUUUCGAUGGGCACGGAUUAUUCUGGAAUUAACAGAAGUGAAAAAUCAACUUCAUACGCCCAAUUUACAGAUUAUAUAAAUGCCGGUAUAUCUACAUCGAACUUAGUGCAACAAAUCUCAUUCAACGAUGGACCUCAUUAUACGCAAGACAGUUUUGGAGCAGAAGUCUGUCCAGAAUGUUCUUCGAUAUGUAUCAAUACGGAUAUAGAAACAAAACAAAUGUCAAUAGAAACGGGAAGUUCCCUUGAAUUCAAAAAUGGAAGAAGCAAAAUCGACGGUUGUUCUCAAUACAGUGCGAGGAGUUCGAAUAGAAGCAACCAAUUAUCAAAUAGUUCAGGACAUUCGGCUCACAUCGGUCAGAGUCGGCUAUUGUCGGUGCGAAAUCUUGGCGAAUCACUCUACGUGCCACCACAGCAGACAGUAUGCUCGUCGCUUGACAAAAAAGUGAAAAUCACCCAACAGCGGAGCGUGUUGGCUUCACAGACGACUUCAAUAGACGCAAGUAGCAUACAACAACCGUCAAACGAUAUUCAAGCAAGCCCAGAUACGGGGAAUAUCGCCGAUUACUCAAAACCUUCUUGCAACGACCCUAUGAGCACGAUCGAAAGCAAUUCGAACAGAAUCACGCCGAGCGCGGAGCCGAACGCUGUGACGAGUAAUUUAAACGCUGCUAAAUGGAUUAAGGGAUAUGUUAAUGAUUCAAAGAAAGAUAUCCAGUCUGUAAUUAAUUUGAGCGAAUCAACUGUAACUGAAUCUUUAGAACGUGCGUCUUACGCUAUAAGCAAUUGUGAUGAUAAAAAAUCACUUGAUGAGAUGAAAAAUUUAUCGAAUAUCGUCAUAAAUCAAAAGCGCGCUAUUAAUUGUGUAUCUGCAAAACCUCUUGAAGUGGUCUCAACGAUAAGCGUCACCGAAAUCCGUCCCACCAAAGAAAAUACGCAGUCGAACGAAAAACCACUAGCUUCAAAUAAACCGAGUGAUUCUAGAAAAUUCGUUGUGGAUCAAAUAAUUUCAGGUCAAGUAUUUCCGAGUGAUGUAACGGAAUCCGUACAAGUACGUCCAGAAGUUCAAGACGCUGCAACGGGCAGUAUUUCUAUAAAAAUAUGUCAUUCUAAUUUUGCUGGAAGCUCUCAUAUCCUACCAAAGUUAUUGUCUUAUUGUGAUGGAAAUAUAAAUACAGAUAAUGAAGUGAACGAACUCUUAAAAAAAAUGACGUCACGAAUAACUUCCUGUAUGCUCUGCGCCAAUGCGGAAUGUUGUCCAGGAUGCAAUCGUCCAGUCACAACAGAUAUAUCCAUCCAAGCUGUCGUAGAAUACCUUAGUUGUCCAAAAUGUACAUCAAGAAUUGCUGAUACACUGCUGAAAAAUAAGGAUACAAUCGAUGAUCCAAAAUGGCGCGUGACAACAGAUAGCCGUUAUUUCAACAACUUGUUAGCAAUGAAGAUAGCUGUAUUUAAAGAUUAUUUUCAAAGAUGCCUAGCGCCACCUGGUAAUGCAGCCGUGUACCACAGACCGACGACGCCUAAUAUUUACAUUGAAGCAUGCACAAUGAAACCCAGUGGAAGACAAGACGAAUACUGCCAAACAAAAAUCUCAAGCAUAAACACUAAAAAAAGAAAUAAGCGAUCUUGUUAUAUUUCACCAGCGUAUAGUUUGAUCGAUAUAAGAGAAAACCAAGAAAAAGAGGAAUUGAAAGCGGUUUAUAAUAUUCUUACAGCUAUUGAAGGAAGAGUUCGCAGAUUAAAAAACCAUUUGCAUACUUAGUCUGCCGAUAAGCAGAUAGAUGGCGCUAAAAAUAAAAAUGGUGGGAAAUUAA